GUACCCAAUUCGAUUUUCUGUUUUUUUUUUGUUUUUGUUUUGUUUUAUUUACAAAUUAAAGUGAAGAGAAUGGCAACAACAACAACAACAACAGCAUCAGCAUGUCGAAAUGUUGGAAAAUUAUUACAAAAACAAAGUGCAUUAUUCAUUUGUGAUUUGCAGGAAAAAUUUCGAUCCAACAUACAAUAUUUUGAUGCCGUUGUACAGGUAUCAUCACGUCUUUUACGUGCAGCACGUUUAUUAGAUGUUCCAGUUAUUGCUACUGAACAAUAUCCAAAAGGAUUAGGUGCAACAGUCAAAGAACUUGGAUUAACUGCAUAUCCAGAUAUUCAACCGAUUGCUAAAACACAAUUUUCAAUGCUUACCAGCGAUGUAAUCGAAAGAUUGAGACAACAACAUCCAGAUGUAAAGAAUAUCAUUCUUUGUGGUAUUGAAACACAUGUAUGUGUCCAAGGAACAGCAUUGGAAGCAAUGCAAGCCGGAUAUGAUGUCCAUGUUGUUGUCGAUGCAUGUAGUUCACGUUCAAUGGUCGAUAGAAUGUUUGCAUUUGAACGUAUGAAACAAGCUGGUGCUUGGUUAACAACAUCUGAAUCGGUUAUACUUGGAUUAGUAUCAGAUGCAUCGAAUCCAAAAUUUCGUGACGUACAAAAAUUGAUUAUGGAAACGGCACCGGAUUCUGGUCUUUUAUCAUUGUUAGCACAGAAAAUGUGAAAGAAAAUGGAUAAAGAAUUUGAUUUAGAAAUAAAUUUUUUUAUUAUUUUCA